AAGUCACUGUGAUGUCAUCAGGUGAGUCUCCAGGUGUUUGUUCUGAACCUGUCUAACCUGUCACAACCGUCUCACCUGGCCGCCACCGCUGCUGCUGCAGAGCCAGUUUCCUGUGGACUCCCUGAAGAUCCGACCUGCUGAAACAUCAUGGAGUCAAGAGAAGAAGAACAAGAAGAGGACACUCUCAGGUCUCCUCGAACGGAUGUCUCCACCACAACUACAGCAAAUACUGCUGAUACAGCCAAUACUACAAACACUGCAGAUACUACAAACACUGCAGAUACUACAAACACUGCAGAUACUUUAAACACUGCAGAUACUUUAAACACUGCAGAUACUACAAACACUGCAGAUACUUUAAACACUGCAGAUACUACAAACACUACAGAUACUACAAACACUACAGAUACUUUAAACACUGCAGAUACUGGUACUACUAAAGCUGAUGUCAGUUGUUCAGCCAGCAGCAGGACUCCUGUCAGCUCGUCUGAUGAUCACAGAGCUCCUCCAACCAGUCUGGCCUUUUCAGGGUCUCGACCAAAGAAGAAAAAAGUCCUGGUGGCUCCAGCUCUCAGUCUGUCUUUAGCUCGCAGUGAGUCUACGGUCUCUGACGACUUCUCCUCGCUGUUCCUCUCGCCUUCACCUGAGGGCGACGAUGACAAGGGGCUGGACUUUGAUCUUGACGCCAUGGAAACACCUUCUGACAGUGAAUCACUGCACUUUCCCACCUACGACCUCGAUCUGGAAGAUGACCUGCAGCGUCUUGGCGUGGCAUCCCGGUGUCACAUAGCCUCUGGCUCCGGGUCCAGGUCUGAUUCUCAGACCGGUACUGGCGCGGGGAUGGACCAGAGCGACCUGGGAGCUCUGGAGCGGGAGGACAUGGUGGACAGUCUGGGCACCAGGUGGCGCUGUUUCUCCACAGGUUAUCCACCGCAGGAGAGCCGGGUCAACAUGAGUGUCCUGGAGCCGUUUCUCAGGGUGCUUUCACACGGAGGUUACUAUGGAGACGGUAUGAAUGACAUCAUUGUUUUUUCGUCCUGUUACCUGCCGCAGAAUAGUCUGGAAAAUUACCAGUACGUUAUGGAUCACCUGUUCAGGUACGUUGUAGGGACUCUGGAACUGAUGGUUGCAGAAAACUACGUGAUUGUGUAUCUGUGUGUGGGAGGUCAGAAAGACAAACUACCAGGAAUCAGCUGGCUCAAAGAGUGCUACACCACCAUCGACAGGAGGUUGAGAAAGAACUUGAAGGGUUUCUAUGUGGUUCAUCCCACCUGGUACAUCAAAGCCCUCGUCACCAUCAUCAAACCCUUCAUCAGCUCUAAAUUCAGCAGGAAGCUCCAGUUUGUCGACACCCUGCAGGAUCUGUCUCUCUUCAUCCCCACUGAGCAUGUGCAGAUCCCCGACUGUGUCCAACAGUACGACAGGAACCGGUCCAGCUGAGACCACCAGCUGGGGUCAGGUCUACAGGAGGAACCUGAACGCCUCGUAGAGACACUUUCUCUUUCCCAGUGGAGACAAACUGUGCAGCAGCGAGCCAAUCACGUCGUCUGCAGGAUCUCAAACAGGCCAACAACAAAA